AUGACCUCACCGAACACGAAUUUUACGUUGCCUCCGACACAAGAAGCAGUAAGCGAAAGAAGCGCAACAAGUAGUGAAAAUGAACGUCAAGUAUUUGCCAAUAUACCUAUACCUGAAAAUAAAGUUCAACCAAAAGGAAAAUAUGUUUCUAACAAGAUUAUUACUUCUAAAUAUAAUAUAUGGACUUUUGUACCAAAAAAUUUAUUUGAACAAUUCCGGAGAGCUGCUAAUAUGUAUUUCUUAAUAAUGGCUGUUCUUGGAAUGAUACCUGCUGUGAGUACAAAUAACCCUGUUUUGACUUUACUUCCUAUUUCAACUGUUGUAUUUCUCACCGCAUGUAAAGACGCCGUGGAAGAUUUAAAUCGUCAUGAAAUUGAUAAGAAGUAUAAUAGUGCUACUUUUAUGUGGAAAGAUGUUCGUGUUGGUGACUUUUUAUUUCUAAGGAAUGGUGAUGCUGUACCUGCUGAUGCUAUAAUUUUAUCAACUUCCGAACAAAAUGGUGGUUGCUUCGUAGAAACAAAAGAUCUUGAUGGCGAAACUAAUCUUAAACCUCGUAGAUGCGUUCCUGUUGAUUCAAUAAAAAAUAUCAAAACUCCUAAAGAAUGUACUCAAGCUAUGUUUUGGAUUGAUUCUGAACGUCCGAAUUCUAAUCUUUUCAACUAUAAUGCAAAAUUAACCGUAGUUUCUGGCAGUUUGAAUGAGAUGAAUUCUCCUCCUCAAGAUCAAGAAAUUCCUAGAAAGUCGAAAACUUCUAUUCCAAUUGAUAUAAAUAAUUUAUUAUUACGUGCUCAUGUUAUUAGAAAUACCGAAUGGGUUAUCGCUAUAACUGUUUUUACCGGUGUCGACACUAAAAUUAUACUUAAUUCUGGUGAAACUCCAAGUAAACGAAGUAGAAUAGAAAAAGAAAUGAAUCAGGAAGGUAGACGCAUUGAAGAACGCGUAGCUUCUAAUCAAGGAGAAUCAAUUGUGCUUGCAUCUUUCUUAACUUUUUUAUCUGGCCUGAUUAUUUUUCAAAAUAUAAUUCCAAUUUCUUUAUAUAUUUCGAUCGAAUUUGUAAAAGGUUUUCAGGCUUUUUUUAUUUACAAUGACCUUGAUAUGUGGGAUGAAGAUGCCGAGAUCCCAUGUGUUCCUAAAUCAUGGAAUCUUUCCGAUGAUCUUGGUCAGAUUGAGUAUAUAUUUUCUGAUAAAACUGGAACAUUAACACGUAAUAUAAUGGAAUUUCGUCAAUGUUCUAUUGGUGGUAAAAUAUACGGUAGAAAUGGUUGGGCUGGUAAAACGGAUGCUAGUAUUGGAAAAGAAUUAGCACAAGGUGGUGAUAAAUCAAAUGCUGAAGAAGUUAAUACAGAUAGAGAUGAAAUUUGGAAUCAAUAUUUACAUGAACUUAAAAGUAUAUUUGAUCCAAAAUAUUCAAGUACAGAUCCUGAUUUUUUGACAUUCGUAGAUCCGGAUAUAUAUAAGGAUUUAAAAGCUGAAAAAAACUUUGAAUAUGUAAAUGAAAAUGAAUUUGAUAUUGAUGAUAAUUUAGAUAAACAAAAAAGAGCUCGACUUGUUAGAGAAUUUUUCACAUUAUUAGCCGUAUGUCACACGGUAGUUGUGGAUAAAAUUAGGACUAAUGAAUCUGACAGUGAAAAGAGUAUUAGCGACAGAGGUAAAACAUCUGUAAACGAUGAGAACUCAGAUCAAGCAAGCGAACAUAAUUUACAACCUAUAGAAGAAAAGGUUUCUUCAAAUAAUUCAUCUUUAGAUCAUAAUCUAAAAAAAAAAGUUAAGCACUCGAUUGCGAAUAUCAAAUCAACUUUUAAAGGGUUCGAAUCAAUGGCAAGUUUAGUAGCUCCUAUAUCAGGUAAAGGAAAAAAACCUGUUGCAAUUGAUAAAACAUUAGUACAUGAUCUUGUAUAUAAAGCUGAAUCUCCAGACGAAGCAGCUUUAGUUUCUGCAACAAAAAAUAUUGGAUUUGCUUUCUUGGGCCGAACACCUGAAUCAAUGACUAUUGAUAUUUUUGGUGAAGAACACAAUUUUGAUAUAUUAAAUGUUUUAGAAUUUAAUUCUUCACGUAAAAGAAUGAGUAUAAUAGUUCGCCGUCCUGAAAAAUUAGGUGGUGGAAUAGUACUAUUUUGUAAGGGUGCUGAUAACGUUAUCUUUGAUCGUCUGGCCGAUG